CAGAAUCAUUCAACAAAUAGAUUCUUGAGGCUAGACAAAAGCCUAUUAUCAAGAUGUUGGAAGAUAUUAGAGUGAAGGUCAUGACUAUGUUGAAAGAUCGUGAAGAGGAAUGUAGAACUUGGAGAGGAGAAUUUAGUCCUUAUGCCAUGGAGUUGCUGAAUGAUUUCACACAGAAUAUACAAGGGUGUGAAGUUGUUUUUAAUGGAGACAAUGGAUAUGAAGUUGUUAAAGGUACAGACAGGUAUACAGUCAAUCUUCUACUUAAGAAGUGUACAUGUAGGACAUGGGACUUAUCAGGAAUACCAUGUCCUCAUGCCAUCAAAACUUUAGAUAAUAACAAAGAAGAUCUAUUGAGUGAAGUGCAUUGGUGGUAUUCAAAGAAAGCCUAUAUGUUGGUGUACAUGCAUAAACUAUAACCAGUAAGAGGUGAUAAAUUCUGGAAAUUUGAGCCAACACAUGCAAUGGAUCCACCAGAAGUACAUAGAAUGGUUGGUAGGCCAAAAGUAAAGAGAAAGAGAGAAAACGAUGAGGCAAGAAAGAGAGAAGGAGUUUGGUCAGCUUCAAGAAAGGGGCUUGUGAUGACAUGUGGGCACUGUGGCAAUAGAAAUUACAAUAUCAGAAAAGGUCCUUUGGUUGGGGGAUGUUCUCAUGAUGUGCAAGAUGUGCCUCAGAUAACACCUCAGGACAGUCAAAAUUCAGAGUAUGCAUUUAUGCCUACUCCUGGACUGAGGAUGUUUACUAGUCCAGUCCAUGAAUCAACUCAAGCAUCAUCCUCUAUUUUACCAGAAAACAAGCAGAGAAAAAAGUCUGUUGUACCUAAAGUCUGCUAUCAACAGUUUGAUGUAUCCCAAGGAACACUUCAACAGUCUGUUGCAUCUCAAGACAUACUUUAACAGUUUGCUCCAUAUUUAGAUAUUGCUGAUGAUGAAAGUGAAUAUGAAAAUGGAGAUGAAGAUGAUGAAGAGCCAAUUCUGAGGCCUAAAGUAAUAUCUUAAGCUAAGACUAGGCUUCAACAAAAGAAGUUGUUACAAAAACCAACUGGAAUUAGAAAGAUCAACUUUAAAGGAGAUGAGACUGGUGCGAAUAUACCUACUAACUUGCCAUAUUCCCCAAAGAAAGUUACUUGAAAAGACAAAACAGCAAUGACCUCUAACCAGUUGGUGACAGAAAAGGAAAACAGAGUUGGUAAAUUGAAGGCUAAGAAGGCCAAGUGUUAGAGAAGAUUAUAAUGAUUUUUUUGUAAUGACUGAUUCAAGUACUAGUAUUUUGCUUUUUUUUUGGUGAAUCAGUUGGGGAAAUUGCUGUAUUGAUUCACCCGAAAAAAUCUUUUGUUGUGCUUAAUGUAGGGUGAAACACUAUGUUGACAGUUUAGUUAUAUUUAUGGUUUGGUAUUUAGUUAUCUUUU